AUGCGUUUCACACCUUUCUUUGCCAUUACCCUGGCCGCCGUUGCAAACGGUGUAGCUGUUCAGCAGGGAGCGAACGCAGGAAGCGGUGACGGUUUAACCGCCAUUAAGGCCUGCAAUGUUGGGCACAACUAUUGUGGCUGGUACCUAGCCGAUAGCCUUCACUGGCAGGGUGUUCCGAAUCGCAACGGCCUUUACUAUUGCAGCUCCAAGUAUGCUGCGGAUUAUGUGACAUACUGCUCCAAGGGCUGCAAAGGACCUACUGCUCACUGCGGAUAA